CAGGCCAGUCACUCACGAGACGCGGAGGGGAGUGCUCACAUUACUGCUCGCUCUCCAUCCCCUUACGAGAGACAAAGACUCAAGUGAGACCGAAGCAAGUUUCAACAUGGCACAUUUAAAAGUUCUCACCCCUGUGGAUUCCAACCUUAGUGACCUCCUGGGCCCCCUCCCUACUGAAGAAGGUCUGGUUGACGAAAUCGAGGACCCUGUGGAGACGGGUGCCUGGAUGGUGCUAAGGAGAAGGGUGGAGGAGGAAGUGAGGCAGAACACACAUAACAGCAUUGUCUUCCCGCCGCUCCUCCUCGACCAGGUGGCAGAACAUGUGCUGGACCUGGCCAAAGACGAGCCCUGUGGUUUGAGAGGUUGUGUGUUGUUUGUAGUCUACGAGGACCCGGAACUAGGCGAGCUGCAGCUGGCUAAAAUGAAGGCUGAUAAGAACAUGCCCUCCACUCACCUCCUGGUUCUGAAGCUCAAGGCAGAUCCCACCUCAUGGUUCACAAAGAUGGCCAGAAUCUUCAGGUCACUUGGGAAGAGGAAAAUGGUGGUGUCUCCGAGGUACGAGCUACUCAAAAAGAACUUCUACGACGACCCACAAGUUCUGAUGGUGCAGUAGUGACGUGGCAGCAGAGGAUGGAGAGAAAAUUAGAAGAGAUAUGAGGCGAAGAGAGGAGAAUAAGCAAAAAAGGAAGAUAAGAGACGAUAAUAGAGAGGAAAAGUGGAACGGGAACGCCUUAAAGGAAGAUAAGGAAGAGGAUUACAGAGGAGAGGAGAGAAAUAGGAUCGGAAACGAAGAUAAGAAGGUUUACAAGAAAGAAGCCAUAGAGAAACGGAAAGGGAGUGAAGGAAGAAGCACGUAAUAAUUUUUCCCUUUAUGGAGGAAAGAAUAAAGGAAGAAAGGACCUCCUCUAAAGUUAGUCAAGAGAAGAAUUCCUUUUUUGGUUGAAUCUGGAGAAGAAGAAAGGAAGAAGAGGAGAAACGAGUAUUUAAGUGGAGAUCGUUGUCUUCAUUUCUUCCACUACCAGUCACCGAAAUUUCUCUCCAUCUCUCCACUCCUCCCCGCCCCUACUGGCCCCUCCCCCACACCUGCCUCGCCUCUCACUCUCUUCUGCACACCUGAAUGUACAAGCUUCCUGCAUUAUACUUCGUGCAGCAGUGGUCACCCUCAUUAUCAUCACCCCCACCACCAUCACCACCACCAUCACUACUUUUUAUAUCACUGUUAUGUAUUUAUUUUUAUUCACUAUCAUUGCCAUCAUCAUUCCAUCAUUCCAGUCUCUUUUUUUCUUCAUGUAUUAUUAUUUUCUUGACAUGUUAUGGUCUUGUUAACAGUUCGGUGACUCCAGAGGUUGAUUGCAGUGCUGGUAAUUCGGCACUACACUUUUUUGAUUUGUCAUUUACUCAAUUUAUGGUCACUCAUCCUUAGCGUUACUCAAGGAAGUUUGAUAAGGAUCUCUCUUUAUCCUUUAGUCCAUAAGGAGGAUGCGGGCAGGACUGUAUCUCCUGCAGGAAUCAAAGUAUUGUAUCACCUAACAUUGACAAAAAAUUAGAGAAAAAAAAAAUGUGUAAACUUAAUGAAUAAUGGAUGUAUUUCACUAGAGUAAAAUUGCUAGUGAAGACAAGUUUACAGUAGGUCAUAAGCACCAUGUCUUUUGCUACAUAGUACAGUAACAUGUAAGGAAAUGUGAUGUGCAUGUGUGACCUGUAUUCAGAAACGCGUUUGAUUCUCUGCACCGCCACUAUUUCCAAAGCUACACAGAGGAAGCUACUGGAGUCUUGAGUGUUUGCGGUUGUAGUGACAUUACCAAUAUGUCUACGGUGUCACCAGCACAAACACUCUUGACAACCUUGCUCAUCAUCUCUGUGGCCUUUGGGAAGAGUGACGGUGAGAGAGUUGAGUUUUUUUGAGUACGGGCCGAUGUCUAUAUCUGUCCUCGCCUCCGCGCCUCGGGAACUGUGUGUCAGGCAGUCCCCGGGGGCAGCUGAGGGGGGGACGAGCCCGGCGCCACGGGUUGCUAGUCGGCACAAUCGCCCCUUUGUGAUAAAAGCUAAACUUGUGAUAUUUUUGUAUCUGAAUAAACGUACAAAGAUUUUACCUAAAAGUA